UUGUAACCACCAGCAACAAGAGGUGGUGGGGCGGCGAAGGGAAGCGCGUUUAUUUGUUAUUUUUUUAUUUGAUACGAACAACACUGCCAAUACUGCUGUCACAGAGAAAAAGUGCAACGCUCCCAUCUUUUUCAAACGUAUGGUUUGGUCACGUACCUGACCAAUCGGACCAUUUUUAGUUGUAGCUUGCUUAUAAUCAGUAAGCAACCUACAUGAUUGUUGUACAACAGGGCAAGCCGUAGCCUCGUUGGGCUGUUAAAGCCUUUUUCUUUUUUAAAAGAUAUUGCACACUUGACAUCCAUCCGGCUGCCAAUAUAGCUAGUCGAGCUCGUUAGCAACCUUAUUUCGAGUGCGCGGUGGUGGAGGACGCACAGAAGAUCAGCAGAGUACGCUUGCUACUGGACCAUAUAGCUAGUGGUUCGGGACGAGGAGUUUAAUUGUCCCCGAGAAUUUUAUUUUUUUUAAUUUAUGUUUUAAAUCAACAAUGCUGUCUUCCACGAUAAAGGUGAUGGCAACAGGGUUGCUUUUCCUGGGAAUUCUACUUACUUUGGAGGUUAUCACUCCUUCCAGAGCAAUUGAAGCCCCGAAGACCUGCAGUCCCAAGCAAUUUGUGUGUAAGGAUCAGGUCACCUGCAUUUCCAAGGGGUGGCGCUGUGAUGGAGAGAAGGACUGUCCCGAUGGCUCGGAUGAGUCCCCCGAUGUCUGUCCACACAGCCGUGUAUCCCACUGCCCCCCCAAUGAGUACCAGUGCUUGGGGACCGAGCUGUGCAUCCACAUGAGCAAGCUGUGCAACGGCGUCCAUGACUGCACGGACGGCUGGGAUGAGGGCCCACACUGCCGAGAGUUCGCCUCCAACUGCACGCACUUCGGCUGCCAGGAGAGCUGUGCCGUCACGCCGACGGGGCCCACGUGCUACUGCAGGAACGCCUUCGAGAUCGGCGACGAUGGGAAGACGUGCAAAGAUUUUGACGAGUGCACAGUAUAUGGGACCUGCAGCCAGACCUGCACCAACAGCGAGGGGGGGUACAGCUGCAGCUGCGUGGAGGGCUACCUGGUGCAGCCGGACAACCGCUCCUGCAAGGCCAAGAACGACCCGGUGGAUCGGCCUCCGGUGCUGCUCAUUGCCAACUCCCAGAACAUCCAGGUCACAUAUCUGAGUGGCACCGCGGUCCACAGCACGCUGUCCACCAGCACCAAGCAGACCACAGCCAUGGACUUCGUCUACGCCCAGGAGAUGGUCUGCUGGCUCCACAUGGGCGAAUCAGCCGCCACCACACAGCUCAAGUGCGCUAAGAUCCCCAACCUGAAGAGCUUCACGGACGAGAGGACCAUCAACAUAUCUCUGAGCCUGCACCAUGUGGAACAGAUGGCCAUCGAUUGGCUGACAGGAAACUUCUACUUUGUGGAUGACGUGGAUGAUCGCAUCUUUGUUUGCAACAAGGAAGGGGACACCUGCGUCACACUUUUGGACCAGGAGCUUUACAACCCCAAAGGGAUCGCCCUGGACCCCACCAUGGGGAAGGUUUUCUUCACUGACUAUGGUCAGAUCCCGAAGGUGGAGCGCUGCGACAUGGACGGGCAGAACCGCACCAAGCUGGUGGACAGCAAGAUCGUCUUCCCCCACGGCAUCACGCUGGACCUGGUCAACAGGCUGGUGUACUGGGCCGACGCCUACCUGGACUACAUCGAGGUGGUGGACUACGAGGGCAAGAACCGGCACACCAUCAUCCAGGGUCUGCUGAUUGAACACCUGUAUGGCCUGACGGUGUUUGAGAACUACCUCUACGCCACCAACUCUGACAACGCCAACAUGCAGCCCAAGACAAGCGUCAUUCGCGUCAACCGCUUCAACAGCUCUGACUAUCAAGUAGUCACCCGUGUGGACAAGGGGGGUGCCCUACAUGUGUACCACCAGAGGCGCCAGCCACCAGUGCGGAGCCAUGCCUGUGAGCCGGAUCAGUUUGGGAAGCCGGGCGGAUGUUCGGACAUCUGCCUGCUGGGGAACAGCCAUAAGACACGCACCUGCCGCUGUCGCUCCGGGUUCAGCCUGGGCAGCGAUAGCAAGUCCUGCAAGAAGCCGGAGCAUGAGCUCUUCCUGGUCUAUGGGAAGGGCCGGCCGGGUAUCAUCCGCGGCAUGGACAUGAACGCCAAGGUGCCGGACGAGUACAUGAUCCCCAUCGAGAACCUGAUGAACCCCCGCGCCCUGGACUUCCACGCCGAGAGCGAGUUCAUCUACUUUGCCGACGCCACCAGCUACCUCAUCGGCCGGCAGAAGAUUGAUGGCACCGAGAGGGACACCAUCCUGAAAGAGGGGAUCCACACGGUGGAAGGCAUUGCAGUGGACUGGAUGGCUGACAACUUGUACUGGACGGAUGACGGUCCCAAGAAGACCAUCAGUGUGGCCCGGCUGGAGAAGGCAUCCCAGACCCGCAAAACCCUCAUUGAGGGCAAGAUGACCCACCCUCGCGCCAUUGUGGUUGACCCUCGGCAUGGGUGGAUGUACUGGACGGACUGGGAGGAAGACCCUAAGGAGAGCAAGCGGGGCAAGAUCGAGCGGGCCUGGAUGGACGGCACCAACCGCAACAUCUUCCUCACGUCCAAGACCGUCCUGUGGCCCAACGGCCUGAGCCUGGACAUCCCGCAGGGCAUCCUGUACUGGGUGGACGCCUACUACGACCGCAUCGAGAUGGUCUACCUCAACAACUCUGAGCGCAAGACGGUUUAUGAGGGCCAGGAGCUGAACCACGCCUUCGGCCUCUGCCACUACUCUCACUUCCUCUUCUGGAAUGAGUACCGCAGCGGCAGCAUCUAUAAACUGGACCAGAUCACCAAGAACGUCACCCUGCUGCGCAAUGAGCGGCCGCCCAUCUUCGGGAUCCGCACCUACGAUGCCCAGCAGCAGCAAGGGACCAACAUGUGCCGUGUGAAUAACGGAGGCUGCAGCAGCCUGUGCCUGGCCACCCCGGAAGGCAGAACCUGCGCCUGCGCAGAGGACCAGCUGCUGGACUCGGACAACGUCAGCUGCAAAGCGAACCCGUCCUACAUCCCCCCGCCUCAGUGCCAGCCCGGUGAGUUCGCCUGCAAGAACAACCGCUGCAUCCAGGAGCGCUGGAAAUGUGACGGAGACAAUGACUGCCUGGACAACAGUGACGAGGCGCCCGAGCUCUGCCAUCAGCACACCUGCCCUGCUGACCGCUUCAAGUGCCAGAACAACCGCUGCAUCCCCACACGCUGGCUGUGCGACGGGGACAACGACUGCGGCAACGACGAGGACGAGUCCGACAGCACCUGCUCAGCCCGCACGUGCCCCGCCAACCAGUUCUCAUGCUCCAGCGGGCGCUGCAUCCCCAUCUCCUGGACCUGUGACCUGGAUGACGACUGUGGCGACCGCUCUGACGAGCCGGCCUCCUGCGCCUACCCCACCUGCUUCCCUCUCACUCAGUUCACCUGCAACAACGGCAGAUGCAUCAACGUAAAUUGGCGCUGCGACAACGAUAACGACUGUGGAGACAACAGCGACGAGGCGGGCUGCAGCCACUCCUGCUCCAGCGCACAGUUCAAGUGCAACAGCGGCCGCUGCAUUCCAGAGUACUGGACCUGCGACGGGGACAACGACUGCGGCGACUACAGCGACGAGACCCACGCCAACUGCACCAAUCAGGCCACACGCCCGCCAGGGGGCUGCCACAUGGAUGAGUUCCAGUGCCGCAUCGAUGGCCUCUGCAUCCCCAUGCGCUGGCACUGCGAUGGUGACACCGACUGCAUGGACCUGAGUGACGAGAAGAACUGCGAGGGCGUGGCCCACACCUGUGACCCCGCCGUCAAGUUCAGCUGCAGGGACUCUGCCCGCUGCAUCAGCAAGGCAUGGGUGUGCGACGGGGACAGUGACUGUGAGGACAACUCGGACGAGGAGUUCUGUGAGGCGCUGGUGUGCAAGCUCUCCCACCACGUCUGCGCUGGCAACGAGUCCAUCUGCCUGCCCUCUGAAAAGCUUUGCGACGGGACCGAGGACUGCCCUGACGGCUCCGAUGAGAAGCUCUGCGACCUGUGCUCGCUGGGCAACGGAGGCUGUAGCCACAACUGCACCAUCGCCCCAGGGGAGGGCAUCCUCUGCUCCUGCCCGCUGGGCAUGGAGCUGGGCCCCGACAACAAGACCUGCCAGAUCCAAAGCUUCUGCGCCAAGCAUCUGAAGUGCAGCCAGCGCUGCCAGCAGGAGAAGCACACAGUCAUGUGCUCCUGCUACGAGGGCUGGGAGCUAGAGGCCGACAAGGCCAGCUGCAAGAGCACAGAUCCCUUCCAUCCUUUCAUCAUCUUCUCCAACCGGCACGAGAUCCGCCGCAUCGACCUCCACAAGGGCGAGUUCAGCGUGCUGGUGCCGGGCCUGCGCAACACCAUUGCCCUGGACUUCCACCUCAACCAGAGCGCCCUCUACUGGACUGAUGUGGUGGAGGACAAGAUCUACCGCGGCAAGCUGUCUGAGAAUGGCGCUCUGACCAGUUUCGAGGUGGUAAUCCAGUACGGGCUGGCCACGCCUGAAGGCCUGGCGGUGGACUGGAUCGCGGGGAACAUCUACUGGGUGGAGAGCAACCUGGACCAGAUCGAGGUGGCCAAGCUGGAUGGUACCAUGCGGACCACACUGCUGGCGGGAGAGGUGGAGCACCCACGGGCCAUCGCCCUGGACCCCCGAUACGGAAUUCUCUUCUGGACUGACUGGGAUGCCAGUCUGCCAAGGAUAGAGGCUGCAUCCAUGAGUGGGGAGGGGCGACGCACCAUCCACAAGGAGACAGGCAAUGGUGGCUGGCCCAACGGGCUGACGGUGGACUACCUGGAGCAGCGCAUCCUGUGGAUCGACGCCAGGUCGGAUGCCAUCUACUCAGCGCAGUAUGAUGGCUCGGGGCUGAUUGAGGUCCUCCGAGGGCACGAGUACCUGUCCCACCCGUUUGCCGUCACUAUGUAUGGGGGUGAGGUCUACUGGACCGACUGGCGCACCAACACGCUGGCCAAGGCCAACAAGUGGACGGGGCUCAAUGUGACAGUGGUGCAGAGGACCAACACCCAGCCCUUCGACCUGCAGGUGUACCACCCCUCCAGGCAGCCCCAGGCUCCUAACCCGUGUGCUGCUAAUGGUGGCAAGGGGCCCUGCUCACACCUGUGUCUGAUCAACUACAACCAGACCUUCUCCUGUGCCUGCCCUCACCUCAUGAAGCUGGGCUCAGACAAGCACACCUGCUACGAGUCACGCCAGUUCCUGCUGUAUGCCCGUCAGAUUGAGAUCCGUGGGGUGGACAUCGACAACCCCUACUACAACUACAUCAUCUCUUUCACUGUGCCGGACAUCGACAACGUCACGGUGCUGGACUAUGACGCGCUAGAGAGCCGCAUCUACUGGUCCGACGUUCGCACCCAGACCAUCAAGCGGGCCUUCAUCAACGGCACCGGGGUGGAGACUGUGGUGUCUGCAGACUUGCCCAACGCCCACGGCCUGGCGGUGGACUGGGUUUCCCGGAACCUGUUCUGGACCAGCUAUGACGCCAACAAGAAACAGAUCAAUGUGGCGCGACUGGACGGCUCCUUCAAGAACGCCGUCAUCCAGGGCCUGGACAAGCCCCACUGCCUGGUGCUGCACCCCAUCCUCGGAAAGCUGUACUGGACCGACGGGGACAACAUCAGCAUGGCCAAUAUGGAUGGUAGCAACCGCAGCGUGCUGUUCACCAACCAGAAAGGGCCCGUGGGUCUGUCCAUUGACUUUGACACAGAGCACCUAUACUGGAUCAGCUCUGGGAACAGCACCAUCAACCGCUGCAAGCUGGAUGGCAGCGAGCUAGAGGUGAUCGAGGGGGUCAAGGGCAAGCUGACCAAGGCUACAGCGCUGGCCAUCAUGGGAGACAAGCUGUGGUGGGCAGACCAGGGCACAGAUCAGAUUGGGACAUGUGACAAGAAGGACGGUGGCAACUGGAAGGUCCUGAGGAACAGCACAUCUCCCAUGAUGCACAUGAAGAUCUACAACGAGACAGUGCAGAAAGGUACCAACUUGUGCAGCAACAAUAACGGCGAGUGCUCCCAGCUGUGCCUGCCCACCUCCCCCAGCACCCGGGCCUGCAUGUGCACAGCCGGCUACAGCCUGAAGAGCGGCCAGCAGUCCUGCGAGGGCGUGGGCUCCUUUCUGCUCUACUCCGUGCAUGAGGGCAUCCGCGGAAUCCCACUGGAGCCCUCCGACAAGUCUGACGCCCUCGUGCCCGUGUCGGGCACCUCCCUGGCGGUGGGCAUCGACUUCCACGCUGAGAAUGACACCAUCUACUGGGUGGACAUGGGUCUGAGCACCAUCAGCCGUGCCAAGAGGGACCAGACAUGGCGUGAGGACAUCGUGACCAAUGGCAUCGGCCGCGUGGAGGGCAUCGCGGUGGACUGGGUCGCUGGAAACAUCUAUUGGACAGACCAGGGCUUCGAUGUGAUCGAGGUGGCCAGGCUGAACGGGUCCUUCCGUUACGUGGUCAUCUCCCAGGGCCUGGACAAGCCCCGUGCCAUCCUGGUGCACCCAGAAAAAGGCUACCUGUUCUGGACAGAGUGGGGCCAGUAUCCACGCAUUGAGCGGUCCCGUCUGGAUGGCUCCCAGAGGGCUGUGCUGGUGAAUGUGAGCAUCAGCUGGCCCAAUGGCAUCACCAUCGACUACCAGGAGGGCUUGCUGUACUGGUGUGACGCCCGAACAGACAAGAUUGAGCGUAUCGACCUGGAGACGGGGGAGAACAGGGAGGUGGUGCUGGCCAGCAACAACAUGGACAUGUUCUCUGUGUCUGUCUUCGAGAACUACAUCUACUGGAGCGACAGGACUCACGCUAACGGUUCCAUCAAGAGGGGGAGUAAAGACAAUGCCACAGACGCCGUCUCCCUGAGGACAGGCGUCGGCGUGCAGCUGAAGGACAUCAAGGUCUUUAACAGGGCCAGGCAGCAGGGUACAAACAUCUGUAAGGACAACAACGGCGGCUGCCAGCAGCUGUGCCUGUACCGUGGCAAUGGAGAACGCACCUGCGCCUGUGCGCACGGCAUGUUGGCAGAGGAUGGGCGCGGCUGCCGCGACUAUGAGGGCUACCUGCUGUACUCGGAGCGCACCAUCCUCAAGAGCAUCCACCUGUCGGACGAGACCAACCUCAACGCGCCCAUUAAGCCCUUCGAGGAUCCUGAGCACAUGAAGAACGUCAUCGCCCUGGCCUUCGACUACCGUGGCGGCGGCGGCAAGGGCGCCAACCGCAUCUUCUUCAGCGACAUCCACUUCGGCAACAUCCAGCAGAUCAACGACGACGGCUCCGAACGCAAGACUGUGGUGGAGAAUGUGGGUUCAGUGGAGGGUCUGGCCUACCACCGGUCCUGGGACACACUCUACUGGACCAGCUACACCACUUCCACCAUCACCCGCCACACGGUCGACCAGAGCCGCUGGGGUGCCUUUGACCGUGACACUGUGGUCACCAUGUCUGGAGAUGACCACCCGCGGGCUUUUGUGCUGGAUGAAUGCCAGGAUCUGAUGUUCUGGACCAACUGGAACGAGCAGUCUCCCAGCAUCAUGCGGGCCUCGCUUUCGGGCGCCAACGUGCUGGUGAUCAUCGGCACCGACAUCCGCACGCCCAACGGCCUGGCCAUUGACCACCACGCUGAGAAGCUCUACUUCUCCGACGCCACGCUGGACAAGAUCGAGCGCUGUGAAUAUGAUGGCUCCCGCCGCUAUGUGGUCCUGAAGAACGAGCCGGUGCACCCCUUCGGCCUAGCAGUCUAUGGGGACUACAUCUUCUGGACGGACUGGGUGCGGAGGGCCGUGCUGCGUGCUGACAAGUACGUGGGUGGAGACAUGAAGGUGCUGCGUGCUGACAUUCCCCAGCAGCCAAUGGGCAUCAUCUCCGUGGCCAACGACACCAACAGCUGUGAGUUUUCCCCAUGUAGAGCAAACAAUGGGGGCUGCCAAGACCUUUGUCUGCUGACUUCUGAUGGGCGGGUUAACUGCAGCUGCCGUGGUGACCGCAAGCUGUUGGAGGACAAUACCUGCACAGCCCAAAACUCAACCUGCAGCAGCAUGGAGGCAUUUGAGUGCGGGAACGGCGACUGCAUCAACUACAGCCUGACCUGCGACGGCAUGGCGCACUGCAAGGACAAGUCAGACGAGAAGCAGUCCUACUGCGCCAAUCGGAUGUGCAAGAAGGGCUACAGGCGCUGCAGCAACGGGCGCUGCAUCGCACACCGCUUCUGGUGCAACGGGGUGGACGACUGCGGAGACAACUCGGACGAGGUGCCCUGCAACGUGACUCUGUGCUCGGCGGAGGAGUUCCAGUGCAAGGAUGGAAGCUGCAUCUUCAACUCCAGCCGCUGCAACCAGGUGGUGGACUGUGAAGAUGCCAGCGACGAGAUGAACUGCACUGCCACCGACUGCUCCAAUUACUUCCGCCUGGGGGUGAAGGGCGUCACCUUCCAGAAGUGCGAGAUGACCUCGCUCUGUUACACCUCGUCCUGGGUGUGCGACGGCUCCAAUGAUUGUGGGGACUACUCUGAUGAGAUGAACUGCCCAGACAAGAAGAAGACAAAGUGCCCGGUGAGCUUCUUCGCCUGUCCCAGUGGCCGCUGCAUCCCCAUGAGCUGGACCUGUGACAAGGAGAACGACUGCGAAAAUGGGGCAGAUGAGACACACUGCGAUAAGUUCUGCUCCUCCACGCAGUUUGAGUGUGGGAACCACCGCUGCAUCUCCAACCGCUGGGUCUGCGAUGGCGCUGAUGACUGCGGGGACGGAACGGAUGAGGACAGCAGAUGCAAGAGCAAGACCUGCAGCCCGGAGGCCUUCCACUGCCCCGGCUCUCACGUAUGCGUCCCGCAGCGCUGGAAGUGCGACGGGGACAAGGACUGCCCCGAUGGAGCUGACGAGAGCGUCAAGGCUGGAUGUGUGUUCAACAACACCUGCGACGACAACGAGUUCAUGUGCCAGAACAGCCAGUGCAUCGCCAAGCACUUUGUGUGCGACCACGACAUCGACUGCGCGGAUGGCUCAGAUGAAUCGCCGGAGUGCGAGUACCAUACCUGUGGCCCUGAUGAAUUCCGCUGUGCUGACGGCCGCUGCCUCAUCCACAAGCACUGGGAGUGCGAUGGCGACUUCGACUGCCACGACCACUCUGACGAGGCCCCCAAGAACCCCCACUGCACUGAGUCAGGGAAGAAGUGCAACGACUCGGCGUUCCUGUGCAAAAAUGGCAAGUGCGUGAACGAGACCCUGCUGUGCAACUAUAACGACGACUGUGGCGACGGCUCCGACGAGCUCAACUGCUUCGUCAAUGAGUGUCUGAACAGCAAGCUGAGCGGCUGCUCCCAGCUCUGCGAGGACCUCACCAUCGGCUACAAAUGCAGGUGUCAUCCUGGCUUCCGCCUGAAGGAUGAUGGGAAGACCUGCGUGGACAUCGAUGAGUGCAAGACCACCUACCCCUGUUCCCAGCGCUGCAUCAACUCCUACGGCAGCUUCCACUGCCUGUGCGUGGAGGGCUUUGCACAGCGCCCUGAUGACCCCACCUCUUGCAAGUCCACCUCUGAGGAGGAGCCUUUCCUCAUAUUUGCCAACCGCUACUACCUGAGGAAGCUGAACCUGGACGGCUCCAACUACACUCUGAUCAAACAGGGCCUGAACAACGCAGUGGCGCUGGACUUCCACUACGCCGAGCAGAUGAUCUACUGGACGGACGUGACCACGCAGGGCAGCAUGAUCCGGCGCAUGCACAUCAACGGCAGCAACGUGCAGGUGCUACACCGCACGUCUCUCAACAACCCCGACGGAUUGGCCGUGGACUGGGUGGGCGGGAACCUGUAUUGGUGUGACAAGGGCAGGGACACCAUCGAGGUUUCCAAGCUGAAUGGCGCCUACCGGACGGUGCUGGUGAACACGGGCCUCAGGGAGCCGCGCGCCGUGGCGGUCGACGUGCGCAAUGGGUACCUGUACUGGUCUGACUGGGGUGACCACCCGCACAUCGGGCGCAUUGGCAUGGACGGGACCAACCGCAGCAUGAUCGUGGAGGAGAAGAUCACCUGGCCCAACGGCCUCACGCUGGACUUCAUCAAUGACCGCAUCUACUGGGCCGACGCCCGCGAGGACUACAUCGAGUUCGCCAGCCUGGAUGGCAGCAACCGCCACACAGUGCUGAGCCAGGAUAUUCCCCACAUCUUCGCCAUGACGCUGUUUGAGGAGUACAUCUACUGGACUGACUGGGAGACCAAGUCCAUCAACCGCGCCCACAAGACCCUGGGCACCAACAAGACCAUGCUGAUCAGCACCCUGCACAGGCCCAUGGACAUCCACAUCUACCACCCGUACCGCCAGCCUGAAGUGACCAACCACCCGUGUCAGACAAACAACGGAGGCUGCAGCAACCUGUGCCUGCUGUCUCCAGGAGGGGGGUACAAGUGUGCCUGUCCCACCAACUUCUACCUGGCCAGCGAUGGGCGCCAGUGUAUGUCCAACUGCACUGCCAGCCAGUUUGUGUGCAAGAAUGACAAGUGCAUCCCCUUCUGGUGGAAGUGUGACACGGAGGAUGACUGUGGGGACAAGUCCGAUGAGCCUGCCGACUGCCCGGAGUUCAAGUGCAGGCCAGGCCAGUUCCAGUGUGGAACAGGAAUCUGUACCAACCCGGCUUACAUCUGUGAUGGAGACAAUGACUGCCAGGACAAUUCUGACGAGGCCAACUGUGACAUCCACGUGUGCCUGCCCAGCCAGUUUAAGUGCAGCCAUCCCAGCCGCUGCAUCCCCGGAAUCUUCCGCUGUAACGGGCAGGACAACUGCGGAGAGGGGGAGGACGAGAAGGACUGCCCGGAGGUCACCUGUGCUCCCAACCAGUUCCAGUGCGCCAUCACCAAGCGCUGUAUCCCGCGCGUCUGGGUCUGUGACCGUGACAAUGACUGCGUCGACGGCUCGGACGAACCGGCCAACUGCACCCAGAUGACGUGUGGAGUGGAUGAGUUCCGCUGCAAGGACUCCGGCCGCUGCAUCCCUGCACGCUGGAAGUGUGAUGGAGAGGAUGACUGUGGAGACGCCUCUGACGAGCCCAAGGAGGAGUGCGAUGAGCGUACCUGUGAGCCAUACCAGUUCCGCUGUAAGAAUAACCGCUGCGUUCCAGGCCGCUGGCAGUGUGACUACGACAAUGACUGCGGGGACAACUCCGACGAGGACAAGUGCGUUCCUCGGCAGUGCUCUGAGAGUGAGUUUGCCUGUAGGAAUGGCCGUUGCAUUGCUGGGAGAUGGAAGUGUGAUGGAGACCAUGACUGUGCUGAUGGCUCUGAUGAGGAUGAAUGUGAUGUGAAGUGCGACAGUGACCAGUUCCAAUGUAAGAACGGCCACUGCAUCCCCAUCCGCUGGCGCUGCGACGCCGACCCCGACUGCAUGGACGGCAGUGAUGAGGAGAAGUGCGACAGCGGAGUUGGGAGACACUGCCCCCUGGAUGAAUUCCAGUGCAACAACACCCUCUGCAAGCCGCUGGCCUGGAAGUGUGACGGGGAGGAUGACUGUGGGGACAACUCGGAUGAGAACCCUGAGGAGUGCAAGAAUUUCCAGUGCCCGCCCUCCAGGAGCUUCCGUUGCCUGAAUGGCCGUGUUUGCCUCUGGAUCGGCAAGCAGUGUGAUGGGGUUGAUAACUGUGGGGACAACACUGAUGAGCUCAACUGCCAGGUGCCUCCGACCACGCCUGUCUGCGAGAAGGACGAGUUCCUCUGCAGCAACAACAGGUGCAUCAGCUCCAGCCUGCGCUGCAACUUCUUCAACGACUGUGAGGACUACGGGUCUGACGAAAUCGGCUGCAAGAAAGAGUCCGGGCUGAAUAACUGUCACAGCAACGGCACUCUGUGUGGGGACGGGGACGAGGCGUACUGCGUCACCAACGGCACAGACUCCUUCUGCUCCUGCAAGCCAGGCUUCCAGAAGACGGGACACAACAGCUGUGAAGACAAGAACGAGUGCAAGCAGUUUGGCAUGUGCUCCCACAUCUGCAACAACACCAAGGGCUCGUACAAGUGCAGCUGCCACAAGUACUUCACCAGGGUCAAGGACACCUGCAAGGCAGACAGCAGCAACAGGCAGGUGCUCUACAUCGCUGACGACAAUGAGAUACGCAGCCUGGACCCUGGCAUGCCCAACUGGGUGUAUGAGCAGACCUUCCAGGGCGACGCCAACGUGCGCAUCGACGCCAUGGACCUGCAUGUCAAGUCCAACAAGAUCUUCUGGACCAACUGGCACACAGGCCGCAUCUCCUUCUACGAGCUGCCCGCCUCCUCACCCAGCUCCAACGGCAACCGCAACCGUCGGCAGAGUGAGACCCGCACCACCCGAGUGACCGACCUGGAGAUCCCUGGCCUGAAGAUGCCGCGUGGGAUCGCUGUGGACUGGGUUGCCGGCAAUAUCUACUGGACCGACUCCGGCCGUGACGUGAUUGAGGUGGCCCAGAUGAAUGGGCAGAACCGCAAGACGCUCAUCUCAGGCAUGAUUGACGAGCCGUACGCCAUCGUGGUGGACCCCCAGAGAGGGAAAAUGUACUGGGCAGACUGGGGCAACCACCCGAAAAUUGAGACCGCGGCAAUGGAUGGCACCAUGAGGGAGACACUUGUCCAGGAGAACAUCCAGUGGCCCACAGGUCUGGCUGUGGACUACUUCAAUGAGCGCCUGUACUGGGCUGAUGCCAAGCUGUCCGUGAUCGGCAGCGUCCGCCUCAAUGGCACAGACCCUGUGGUGGCCGUCAGCAGCAUCAAGAACAAGCUCCACCACCCCUUCAGCAUCGACAUCUUCGAGGACUACAUCUAUGGUGUCACCUACAUCAACAACUUCGUCUUCCGGGUGAACAAGUUUGGCAAGGGCCCCAUGGAGAACCUGACCACGGGCAUAAACCAUGCCACAGACAUCGUCCUCUACCACCGCUACAAACAGCCGGAGAUGACAAACCCGUGUGACAGGAAGAAGUGUGAGUGGCUGUGUCUGCUCAGCCCCAGCGGCCCCGUCUGCACCUGCCCCAAUGGCCGCGUGCUAGACAACGGCACCUGCGUGGAGAUGCCCUCGCCGACAGUGUCUCCUCUCUCGCCCUCUGCCAGGACCUGCAGCCUGCUGUGCCUACACGGUGGCAGCUGCUUCCUCAACGCCCGCAAGCAGCCCAAGUGCCGCUGCCAGCCCAACUACAGUGGAGACAGGUGUGAGGUGGAGCAGUGCAGGAACUACUGCCAGAACGGGGGCACCUGCACCGCCUCUCCGACAGGAACGCCCACCUGUCGCUGCCUGAAGGGAUUCACUGGCCCCAAGUGUAACCUGCUCACCUGUCAGAACUACUGCCAGAAUGGAGGCAACUGUACGGUCAGCCAGGGCAACCAGCCUACCUGUCGCUGCCCGGCGGACUACCUGGGGGACAUGUGCCAGUACAGCAAAUGCGAGGGCUACUGCGAGCACCACGGCACCUGCCUGCAGUCGUCUGACGGCGCAAAGCAGUGCCGCUGCCCCCCACAGUACGAGGGCGAGACCUGCGAGGUGGACAAGUGCCAGUACUGCAACGACGGCAAGUGCAUCCAGGCCAACAGCCACACGGGCGAAGUCACCUGCAACUGCACCAAUGGCAGGAUCCAGCCCAGCUGCUUCACCUGUGAUGACUACUGUGUAAACGGGCACUGCUCUGUCAGUUCACACACCCAGCUGCCAGAGUGCCACUGUCUCCCAGGGUGGACCGGGACUCGCUGCAGCAUCGUUUCUGCCCCUGUGAACACCUCAGACAGCACUGACAGAGCUGCUUCCAUUGCCAUUCCAUUACUUCUGCUGCUAUUACUUGUGCUGUUGGUGGCUGGCACCAUCUGCUGGUACAGGAAGAGAAUGAGUGGGUCUGUAAGGCUGGGCAAAUCCUGUUCCAGACGCUCGCGCGCCAAGGGCUUCCAGCACCAGAGGAUGACCAACGGGGCCAUGAACGUGGAGAUCGGGAACCCGGCCUACAAGAUCUACGAGGGGGAGCCGGACGACGACGUCGGGGAGCUCCUGGACUCGGACUUCACGCUGGACCCGGACAAGCCCACCAACUUCACUAACCCGGUGUACGCCACCUUGUAUAUGGGUGCCCACAACAGCCGCAACUCCCUGGCCAGCACAGACGAGAAGAGGGAGCUGCUGUCGCGGGGGGAUGAGGACGUGGGAGACCCGCUGGCAUAGACUGUCACCCUCUACUGUCAGCCGAGUGCCGCUACACAAACUCCCCUCCCCCCUUUUUUUGCCUUUUUAAAGAAAAAAAAGAAGCAAGAAAAAAAGAAGCGAGAACACUGUAUAAAUGUACAAAAUGAAGGACUACUUUUGUAUGUGAUUGCAGUAUUAUAUUUUGUUCUUUGAAGAUUCCUCUGGUCAAAAAAAAGAGAAACCAUUUUUCUAUACAA